GGAAUGAUUGGCGCGGGCGACAACCAACCGACGCUGGAGGGCUUGGGUACCUGCGCCAGGCGGGCGGGAACCGUGGCGCGGUGCUGAGGAGGCGCGGGGCGGCGGCCGACAUGUUCCAGGGCGCGGACGCCGAGGCCGGCCGGCCUGGGUCCAGGGCCAUGAAGCCCCCAGGAGGAGAAUCCAGCAAUCUUUUUGGAAGUCCAGAAGAAGCUGUUCCUUCAAGCAGGCCUAAUAGGAUGGCAUCGAAUAUUUUUGGACCAAGUGAAGAACCUCAGAAUGUACCCAAGAGGACAAACCCCCCAGGGGGGAAAGGAAGUGGUAUCUUUGACGAAUCAACUCCUGUGCAGACCCGACAACGUCUGAACCCACCUGGUGGGAAGACCAGUGACAUUUUUGGGUCCCCAGUCACUGCCACUUCACCCCUGGCACACCCAAACAAGCCCAAGGAUCACGUGUUCUUGUGUGAAGGAGAAGACCCAAAGCCGGACCCUAAAGCUGCAGUGAGCACCUCUAUCCGAGAAGAAUCGGGAGACAAAGGCAGCUCGAGAGGAGCAGACCACACCAAGGCACCUGAGCCCACACCCACAGCUGACAGCCAUGAGCCCAGGCUGGGGCCAAGGCCUCGCUCUCACAACAAGGUCCUGAACCCACCGGGAGGCAAAUCCAGCAUCUCCUUCUACUAAAAGGCUACUGCUCUGCCUGUAGCCAGACCAGAAACUCAAGAUACAGUAUUGAAAGUUUAUCGUUUUCUUUAGCCCAAAUUAAAGGGAGUGGGAGAGGGUUGCCCUGUGUGAAGCUGGCUGCUCAGAGGACCGGGCCUUCCAGACUGCAAGCCACAUGUUUGGGAUGGGGAUAAGAGAGGGCUCCCCUGAUGUCUGCUUAUUCGUUCUGAUGGAGCAGGACUCUAAGGUAGGCAAGGGCAGGGAGAUGGUGCUGCACAGCAAGAGGCUUGGUGGGCCCUUCCAGGAGCUGUCUCCUGCUGAUUAGGUAUCCAGGAACAGCUGAAGAAACCCAGUCCGUCUUGUAGCAUGGAGAGGAGGCAAAGACAGAGCUAUCAGGAAGGCAGUGGGAGACCACCAAACCUAGCGUUGUCCUCAUUUUAUCCCGUGUGUCAUCCUGCUCUCCUGAAACAUCGUGACUGCUUUUCCUCAGCAGUAGUCAACUAGAACCAAACAGUUGUCCUCAGCCUACCCCAGUCCUCUGAGUUGCCCAAUUUCUGCACCUCAAACAGUAACCACAUGUCACUAAGAAUCUACCUUUUUGUCUCGGACUUGCCUUGGUCCUUGACGUGCUAGAUUUACUUGUAGAUUGUUCCUUUUCCCCUCAUCAGCCUUGAGUCUGGGCUUUUGUUCUUCACUGAGGGUGUGAAGCUCAUUUCCAAAGCCACACUUCUGCAGGUGAGGCUCACUGGUCUCUGCAGGUCUUAAAAGCUAUUCACACACACCCCACCCCAUACCUGAGUACAGGGCUUAUUCAGAUCCUUCCUGUGUCUUUCUUCCUGUAAUUGGUAGGAAUGCUUGAGAACCUUGGGUUCUUAGGUUGGUUUCUUUGCUAAUAUCUAAAAAGCUAUUUUCAAGUACCAGCUUCACAUAAAUGCCUAUGGACUUGGUUUCUGACAUCUUCCAGAAAGAAGUCCACUGCCUCAGCCACCUUUAGAAACUUAGCAGAACCUCUGGACUAUACUAUAAACAGGUCAGGGUGACAAGUAGUCUCAGCAAAAUCACAACUCAACCACCAGCAGAUGCUGGGCCGACUUGAGUUGUAUUGGUUCAUCUGCCAGGCAGAGAUCCCUCCCUAUCCACUACAGCCUUGGUUCCCUGCUUCCCUCAUGGUGGGCACAUUAACAGGAGAGGGCUUGGGUGGCAUGGCUGUUGCUUUAAGUGCCUAUGGGGCUCAUGCCAGGUGCUAGGAACAUCCUCCAUGUCCUUCAGCUUUGGACAAAUGGUAGGUCUUAUGUGGUCUCUCUGGCCUAGCUGCUUGAGUACCUGCAGGAGCUGUCCUCCAGCCUCUGACUCCUGACUCAUGGAGGGGUCUACAUGUGACUUGUCAACCAAAGAAUCUUAACCCCUUCAGCUGUGCUGUAAACCAUGGAGCUAAAAAACAUGUUCCGUGUAACUCCUGUUCAAAGUCAUUUAUGAGAACAUUGGAAUUUGGGGGUGGGGAGAGUUCCCACCAAAAAGAACUUAAAUGUUGCCUAGCUUUUUAAGCCAAAACCCACUAACUUGUUUAAGUUACAUGGAAAUAGUGUUAAUGGUAGCUGUGAACCACCAUUUGUAAUGAUGUUUUCUUAGAGAAAAUGAAUUGUGAAUUCUAAAUCAGAUUGCCAAGAGGAAAUCUGACAUUACUGUGCUGGUCCCUGCUAUCAUCCCAGUGAGAAGGAAGCGCCAUGUUCCACCCACUGGCAGGGAUUUCUGUAUGUGUUUGGGGAAAUUCAACCUACUGCAGUGUCCCUGGGCAGCAGUGCCCUGCCUUACUUCUGUCCCUGCCUCCCACUUCUUGUCCUCUGAGUCUGCUGGGCAAUGUGCUCACUGCAGGAACAGAGACACUGCCCAGGUGAGCCCAGCAGUGUGGUUGUGGUGGGCACCUGUGUUAGGAAGAUGCUGUCUGUAUGUGGACACAUCCUAUUCUCAACCUCCAAGAUACAUUGAGAAACUAGUCUAUUUUUAUUAAGCCUUAAAUUUUUUUUAAUAACAUCUGGUGCCAAUAUGUUUCUAGAGCUGUAUCAAAACAAGAAACCUGUCCUCACAUCACAAUGCAAUUUUGAUAGGAACAUUUUGUUAUUUUUACAAGGCAGAAUUAGGAAUAAUGGUUGAAUUAAACUUAGUAACCAUGUA